CCCAGGUGAACUGAAAUCCAGAGCUUUUCUCAUCUGGUUGCCCUGGGAGUUUCAGCGCGCUCUCGGUACAACCUGUCCCCCCAUCCUCUCCACUCCCUCCCUUCACCCUCCUCCCUCCCUCCCUUCCCAGCCUUCCUCCCAGGCUGCGCCCAGCUCAGCCCCUCCCUCCCUUGCCGGGGGCCCCAGCUGCGUCCUCCGGGGAGACACCCGCGGCCUCCGGGCCCCCGAGGGGAGGCGCGGGGAGGAGCGGAGGGCAGGAGGCGGGGAACUGCGCGGGGUGGAGGCCAAGCCUGGCGGCUGGAGGUUGCAUCUGCUGGAAGGUGGCUUUUGGCUGCUUGGUAACGGGCUGCCAGAGUCGAGAGAGGCAGAGAGCAGGGCAGCGGCUUCCUGACGUCAGGACCGAACGAGGAGAACGCGCCAGCCCCCCAGCCUGCCCCACAGCUGGGCCGGCCGCUGGUGCGAGAGGAGCCCGGCGCGGGGCGCCCAGCAGGGUGAGAGGGGGCGCCGGAGCCGGUCCGCAGGGCCGCAGCAUGCCCCCCGCCCCCGGGCCAUGGAGAUCGCUCUGGUGCCCCCGGGGAACGGCGGUGCCAUGACCGUCAGGGGAGGAGAGGAGGUCCGGGCCACAGGGGGAGAGCUCCGCUGCUCCCCGACGGCUGCGCUCAGCGAUGGACUCAAGGAGCCAGCGCCAAGGGACCGCGGCGGCGCCGAGAGGGGCGCGGACCCGGGAGGCCGGCCGGUGCCACCGGUGCCCCAGGAGCUGCCCCGAGCUAGACGGCUGCCUCCGGAGGACGAGGAGGGACAAGGCGACCCCGCUCUGGGCGUGGCGGAGGACCAGGUGCUGGGCUCGGGGUCCCUCCAUCACCAGCGCAUCCUCAUCAACAUCUCCGGGCUGCGCUUCGAGACGCAGCUGGGCACCCUGGCGCAGUUCCCCGACACGCUCCUGGGAGACCCCGCCAAGCGCCUGCGCUACUUUGACCCCCUGAGGAACGAGUACUUCUUCGACCGCAACCGGCCCAGCUUCGACGGCAUCCUGUACUACUACCAGUCGGGGGGCCGGCUGCGGAGGCCGGUCAACGUCUCCCUGGACGUGUUCACAGAUGAGAUCCGCUUCUACCAGUUGGGGGACGAGGCCAUGGAGCGCUUCCGAGAGGACGAGGGCUUCAUCAAGGAGGAGGAGAAGCCCCUGCCCCGCAACGAGUUCCAGCGCCAAGUGUGGCUGAUUUUCGAGUACCCCGAGAGCUCGGGUUCCGCACGGGGCAUCGCCAUCGUCUCGGUCCUGGUCAUCCUCAUCUCCAUCAUCACCUUCUGCUUGGAGACCCUGCCUGAGUUCAGGGAUGAACGGGAGCUGCUGCGCCAUCCCCCGGUGCCCCACCAGCCCCCUGAGCCCCACAGGGGGGCCAAUGGCAGCGGGGAGGCAGCGCCUCCCUCUGGCCCGACGGCGGCACCUCUCCUGCCCAGGACCCUGGCUGACCCCUUCUUCAUCGUGGAGACCACGUGUGUCAUCUGGUUCACGUUCGAGCUGCUGGUGCGCUUCUUCGCCUGCCCCAGCAAGGCCGAGUUCUCGCGAAACAUCAUGAACAUCAUUGACGUGGUGGCCAUCUUCCCCUACUUCAUCACCCUGGGCACCGAGCUGGUGCAGCAGCAGCCGGGGGGAGGCGGCGGCCAGAACGGGCAGCAGGCCAUGUCCCUGGCCAUCCUCAGAGUGAUCCGCCUGGUCCGGGUGUUCCGCAUCUUCAAGCUGUCCCGCCACUCCAAGGGGCUGCAGAUCCUGGGCAAGACCCUGCAGGCGUCCAUGCGGGAGCUGGGUCUGCUCAUCUUCUUCCUGUUCAUCGGGGUCAUCCUCUUCUCCAGCGCCGUCUACUUCGCAGAGGCCGACAACCAGGAGACCCACUUCUCCAGCAUCCCGGAUGCCUUCUGGUGGGCAGUCGUCACCAUGACCACGGUGGGCUACGGGGACAUGAGGCCUGUCACCGUGGGGGGCAAGAUCGUGGGCUCGCUGUGUGCCAUCGCCGGGGUCCUCACCAUCGCCCUGCCCGUGCCCGUCAUCGUCUCCAACUUCAACUACUUCUACCACCGGGAGACGGACCACGACGAGCAGGCAGCCCUUAAGGAAGAGCAGAGCAGCCAGAGCACGGGGGCAGGACCGGCCGGCGGGGGCCAGCGGAAGGCCAGCUGGAGCAAGGCGUCCCUCUGCAAGGCUGCGGGGCCCCUGGAGAAUGCGGACGGAUCUCGAAGGGGCAGCUGCCCCCUGGAGAAGUGUAACCUCAAGGCCAAGAGCAAUGUGGAUUUGCGGAGAUCCCUGUACGCCCUCUGCCUGGACACCAGCCGGGAAACGGAUCUGUAAGGGAGGCCCAGGCAGACAGCUGGCCGUGGCCCGGGGACAGCGGAGGCCUCCCGACCCUGGGGAUCUACUUUACGCCGCAGAGCGUUUCAAGCCCGCACCGUAACCUACGUCUGUCCCCCUUCUUCCCCUGCUGCCCUUCUGCCUCCCCACCGCCACCUUGAUCCCCUCAUUUUCCCCCUUCUUUCCAUGACACGAAGGGUCGCCUAUUUUUAAAAAGUACCACAUUCCGUGACGCAGGAGCUGCUGAAAUGGUGAGCACUGUGAGAUGGAUGUAUUUGUCGCCAGUGUCCUAUACCCAGCAGCGGGAUAACCCAAACAAAAAUGACUGUAAAUAGCCCAGGUCCCCAGAGAUUUUGUAACCCACCCCCCAACCAAUAUCCCUGCGUUCCAAAUUUGCUUUACAUAUGAUUAUAUUUGUGUAUAGGGGAAAAUAUUAUUUUUAUGGCUGGCGAGUGGAGUUUUGUACAGUAGUUCAGAUGGAGAUAUUUUGGAUAUAUUUUCAAGACAUAUGUUGUAUUUAUGGAAGAGAAGGUUAUUGUGAUGUUCUCCUGUGAUACUUAUAUUAGAGCCAGAGACCCUGGUCCGGUUUUUCUGGCUCCUGUGUCUGCAAGCCUCUCUCUUUCUUGAGAUGUAGUGCCGGUGCUUUGCGUCUAGGGCAGGGAAUGCUCUGGAAGAAAGGCAAGUCUAACUUUUCCUGUGCGCCUUAAACAAUGCUUGCAACUUUCUUCAAAAAGCAUUUUAAUGAUGUUGGAGGAAGACUUCUGAUAAUUCAUUCUCUUGAUUUUCAUCCCAGGAAAUAAAAUAUUACUUAGUUGAGGCAAGUGUUAGUUUUUCUACAGCUGAUGCAUCUUUGGAAAUUAAAAA